AUGGACCUCGCGGCCGGUCUCCCUGGUGAUCGUAGCGCUAGUUCCGAUAAUGACGAGGACUUUGUUAGUGAGGAUGAGGAGCAAGAUACUGACGCGGAGAACAGCGCUAUAGUGAAGAUAACUAAAGAAGAAGACGCUCUUACAACGGAAGAGAAGCCGGACCAGAAAUCUCCUCUGUUCACCCCACCUCCCACUUUUCCUCGACAGAGCUCAAUAAGCGACUCUACUCCUCUGCCAACGCCGGACAAGAUUUCCAAGUAA